AUGGAAGCUAAGCAUCACUGGCAGUUGAGACAGCAGUACAACGUUCCAUCCAUGCCCAUCCGAAAGGAUCAUAAAGUUCAGGUGGUUCAGAGACACUAUAAAGGUCAGCAACUAGACAAAGCAGUCCGCUUUUACAGGAAGAAAUAUGCCAUCUACAUUGAACGGUGUAGCGGGAAAGACUCUCUGACUCCAGCCAUGUUUUCCUGGGGAGACAACAGGGCAACGAGCAGAAUCUCCCUGGUGGUAGUGGCAGAGUCUGAGGUUGGCCGGCAUCUCCAGAAGGAAUUUAGAAACCAAACCACCAUCUCUGACUUCCUACUCCUGGGCUUUUCUGACACCCCGGAACAGCAGCCUCUCCUUUUCAGGCUCUUCCUGGCCAUGUACCUGGUCACUGCGUUGGGGAACCUGCUCAUCAUCCUGACCAUUGCUUCUGACCAGCACCUCCACACCCCCAUGUACUUCUUCCUGGCCAACCUGUCUUUCACUGAGAUCUGCUUCACCUGCACCAUAGUUCCCAAGGUACUGGUGAACAUGCACACAGAGCAUCACACCAUCUCUUACACCGGGUGUUUCAUACAGAUGUACUUCUUCAUGGCUCUAACCCUGCUGGAUGACUUCUUGCUGGCUGUGAUGGCAUAUGAUCGCUACGUGGCCAUCUGCCUUCCUCUGCACUACACCAUGGUCAUGCACCCCGGACGAUGUCUGAUGCUGGUGGCAGCAUCCUGGCUCUGCUCCCACUGCCUAGCUUUCUCACUCACCCUCCUGAUGACCCAAUUCUCAUUCUGUGCCUCCCAUUCCAUCCCACACUUUUUCUGUGAUGUACCCCCACUCCUCAAACUUGCCUGUUCAGACACCCAUAUCUUUCAGGUGACAAUGUUAACUGAAGCAGUUCCCUCAGGUGUGAUCCCUCUCACCUGUGUCCUGGUCUCUUAUGGCCACAUCAUGCACACCAUCCUUGGGAUCCAGUCUGCCGGGGGCAAGCACAAAGUCUUCUCUACCUGUGGCUCUCACCUGUCAGUGGUCACUCUCUUCUAUGGGACCCUCUUUCUGGUGUAUUUCCAGCCCUCAUCCUCCUACUCAGCAGAUACUGGAAUGGUGGCAUCUGUAGUAUACACGAUGGUCACCCCCAUGCUGAACCCUUUCAUCUAUAGCCUGAGGAACAAGGACAUGCAGGGGCCUGUGGAGACUCCUCGGCUUGAGAAAAUGAUUCUACUCAGUAAAGCCAUCCUGGAUGGCCAGCAGGCAAAUGAGACAGCAGUACAACGUUCCAGUCGCAUGGCCCAUCGAAAGGAUCAUAAAGUUCAGGUGGUUCAGAGACACUAUAAAGGUCAGCAACUAGACAAAGCGUCCGCUUUUACAGGAAGAAAUAUGCCAUCUACAUUGAACGGUGUAGCGUAA